AUGGACGCCGCGCUAUGGGACCACCAGCGGGAGCUCGCGGCCGUCGCGCGCCAGCGUAGUGUCCUCGUCAGCAGCGCCCAGGCCGUGGGCAAGUCUUUCGUUGGCUGCAUGUUACUCUGCGAAGCUGCGGCGUCGAGCGCGCAGCACGUGGCGCUCGCCGUCGCCGCGUCGCCCGCCGCGCGCGCGCACCUCCAAGGGCAACUUGCGCGACUGUGUGGUCGACCCAUCAUUUGCAGCGACGAGGGAGACCGCGCGAGCGCGUGGAUGAGCGACGAUGCACUUGCGCGCCAGGAACUGCACGCCGCGCGGGGUCAGGUCGCGAUCGUGUCGCCGUAUGUGCUGCAAGAGACGCUGCGCCGCGGCACGUUGGCGGCCACGGACGUGCAGCUACUCGUGGUCGAAGACUGGGACGUGGUGCACGCUGACUUGCCGUCGUUUUUCAAGCUGCUGACGGGACUGUUGGACGCGCUGCCGUGUGGCGGCCCGCGGAUCUUUGCAACGACGCGCGUUCUGGCGUCGCGAAUGGACUGGAACGUCGGGACGAACCCGUUGCUCAAGCACAUUAGUGUGGUCCACAUGCUGCCAGUGCUCUCGUUGCCGUCGUCGUCGACGUUGGCGUCGUCAGCGACGGUUGCGCCGCUGCAGUGCGAAGUCUUUUCGCGUUUCAACGAGCGCACGCAGGAGGUGCCAAGUGUGCGGGAGUUCCUCCUGGGCGCCAAUAGCAAGAAGAUUAAUCUCGUGCACGUGUUCCGACUCGAGCUGGAGCUGGGCAACUCGGCCGCCGUGUACGACGAGCGCAAGAAACAGGAUAAAGUGAAUCGAUUUAUCCAGGAUGCCGAAACGGUGGGCGAGAAGCUUGGUCAAUGGUGUUUGUGGAAGUUUGUCGAGCUAGAGCUGCAAGGCAACUUGCAAGCGUGUAUUGUCAACGACUGUGACAAUGUGAACAACCGGAAACGAAAGCAACAGAGUGAUGGCGUUGAAGCAGCGGAUGAUCCGAUGGAUGGAGACGCAAGCGAGGAUGACUCUGUCCAGGAACUGGAAAGUGGCGAAAUAGAUGAUGACGAUGCUGCGGAAGUAGAAAAGGAACUGGCAAGUGCUGACGAGAGUGUGGGCGUAGAGGAAAAGGCUGCAAAAAUCGAUCGCUUGAUCGCCAGGUUCAUUGGCACCGGUGUCGAGAUCGAUAGCAUCACAAAAGCGAAGAUCCGACCGAUUUUGAACGUUCUCUUCUGGCUGUCUGUACAGCUAGAGCUAUGCGGGACGUUGGAAGCAUCGCCGCGAUUAUUGAAGACCGCCGAGGUCGUUCGAAAUCGCUUUCGAAAUUCUCCAGGAGACAAACAAAUUCGAGCUUGGGUAUUUCUCGAAAGGCGAUGUCAUUGCCGCGUCGUUGCUGAGUACUUGACCACAGCAUUGGCAGACCUGGGCUUACCACCGAGCUGUUGCAUGCUUGGUAGUAGCAACGCUCGCAUAUCUGGAGCGCUUAAGUUCGCAUCGUUCCUCAAAGUGAUGAAAAUGUUUACAGACUUUAGGACAACAAUCAUGGUGACCACAUCGGUAUUAGAAAGCUCACAAAAAAUGCGCAUAGCUCCGCCACAAUGCGAUCUAGUUGUGGUAAUGAAUGAAUUGCUGGAAGCCAACAAGCUGUAUGAAUUCGGUAAGCGAGCCGAUCUUGCACGAGGUUCAAUCAAGUAUAUUACCGAUGACACGGCGUCAGCUCGAAAGAAGUUUGACGUCCUUGUUCGCAAAAUGCAGGAUCACAUUCGCCUCGUGCAAGAAAAUGAGCAGGCAUACCCUUCAGCAUCUCAAUCAGCAUUUACGGAGAUGUGCAACGGUCUACAGACGCCGUUUGAUCCAGUGGAAGCUGCAGCUCUAAGCUCAACGGGGUCCACUUCGGCUACACUACAGGUAGAUGGCCGGAUGCUGAAACGAGCUGAGCCUACGGGGAACGCGUACGAGAUUAUCAAUCGCGACACAGGCGCCAUAUUGAACGUGGCAAAUAGUGUGGCGUGCUUGAGCAAGUUCUGCGACACGCUACCAGGUUUAGAUACGUACGAUCGUCGGCCACAGUACACAGUGAAGCGAAUCUCCAUUGUGAAGCGCAUGUCAGUAUCGGUGAAGCGAUCGAAAAAGAAGCUUCUCAAAUACAACGCAAAGCUGACGGACAAAAUUGAUGUGCUGAAAGCUGAAGCUGAGACGCGGGCCAAUGCAGCAGCCGAAGACAGUAGCGACGAUAGCAAGGAGGGCGACGAUGAAUCGUCAGCAUCAAGUACUCACUCCGCUGGCGUCCAAGACACGCGAUUUCACUUUUCUGCAACGCUGAAACUUCCAGGCGCAUUGGGUAUCAAGAAGCAGCUGUUUUCGCAGCAGGUAGUGACGCAAGACGAGGCAAAGGGUAUUGUUGCGUUCAAGGCGUGUCAAGAACUGGUGAAGAAGGGGUUGCUGGACCGUCACUUCCGUUCGAAGCUUAUAGACGACCAAGUGGCUACGGUACAUACAGACCAAAUAGACGACGACACUGCGGGUAACGAAAAUGGUACUGCUGCUUCUGAUGACACGAUCGUGCUGGAUGAAAACGAUGCAGCAUCCGAACAUCGGUCGCAACUUGCUGACUUAUCAACGCAGUCAUCGUAUGACUUACCACCGGUCAGCGCGGUGGAAUUGAGUUUACGACCGAUUCGAAGCCUGGCAAGAGAAUCUGCCUGUAUUGAGGAAGAGGGCGAAGAGUGGUCGACGACGAUGUGCUUUUACAGCCUCGGCGGUGCGCGCUACGCCAUCUUGUCGACGAACGAGUUAUAUACAGGUAAUACCAAUACAGGGUGGCGCUACGACUUUGCGACAAGCGGAGUGAUGUCACCGGAGAUCACGCCGAUAACGCUGGCGAAGAAACCUGUGAUGCUCAGUGUCACAAGACAAGAGUUGCACGAUGCGCUCCACUUUCAUCUGGUGUUGAUGCGUCUGGUAUGCAUGGGUGUACAAGACGCAGUGCGUGAUGUAGACAUUGCAAGUGAAGAGGUGUGGAACGAGUUUUCGGAACAAAACGACAAAGGCUACUUGGUUGUGCCUAGCGUACUGGAUGAAUCGACAGAGCCGCCGACGCUGUCGCUGGACUGGGACUACGUGCGCGAAGUCAUUCGUAAGCCACUGCUCGAGCCUCUGUGGCCGUUACCGGCGACGAGUUCUUCAGAGGAUGCAGCAAACACAACGGACGAAUGGAUCUGCGUUCCAACACAUCGACUCAAUGUUAGCUAUGUGGUACAAGCCCGUAUCGAUCGUACGGUAGAUGACAUUCGCAAGGAGUAUCUGGCAGACAAGGAAGCGUGGAUGACACACUUGAAAAAAGGGAAGUCGACUCCCGGCAAUCCCAUUUUAGGUCGCUGGCACACCCUUCAACAGCUCGAGGAUGCUGAUGCGGAUCAGCCGUUGAUUCACGGUGUCCAGGUUCCUCCGAUUGUUCCUAUCAUUCGGAGAGUAAUGCAGCGGAAUUGCAGCGAAGGAAGCGUAGCACAGUACAAAACCAAGUUCAACGAGCGCUUGCUGAUUCCGCAGUACACCUCCCGUCUGCGCUUGACAAAGAGCCGCUUUUUCGAUGCAAUGGGGUUGGUGCCACUUCUGUACGAAUUCGAGCGCAAAUGCCAGAUCUCACAUCUGAUGGGGAAAAUCGGUUUGGAGCUUGACAUGUCACUGCUGGAUGAUGCAACUACGAAGCCUGCGUACGAGCGACUUGAGAUUCUCGGGGAUACGUUUUUGAAACUUGAGACUUCGUGGUACAUGUACGAACAGCGGAAAGAUAUCUUGCAGGAGGGGCAACUUACGCAACUUCGCCGCGACAUCAUCCGCAACGACAGGCUCAAUCAGUUUGCACUCGCGGCACGCCUUCACCACUACAUCAUGUAUCCGGCUGAAGUGGAGCAGCAUCCUUUUGAGUGUUGGAAGCCAUCAUGCAUGGGCAAGACGCCUGAUCCGGUUGUAGCUCCAGCAAAAUGGAUCGCCGACGUACUAGAAGCGAUCACUGGUGCGUACCUGGUCGGGCAAGGCGAGAAAGGUGCGCGAUACUUUCUCCAGUGGAUUGGCAUCAGCGUUCUUGAGCACCCGUUUACUUUUGCGCAGCCAUUUUACCCGGACUGCUUUCCGAACGAGCUCUACGAUGCUGCAAUCGUGUCACGUGGUGCCCAGCUCCCGCUGAGUCUGAACUUCAAGGUGCCGCAGUUUGAGGAUCUGCCAAAGCGACUCACGCUGCUUCAGCAACGGUUGAAAUACACGUUUCGAAACAAGCGCUUAUUGUUGGAAGCAGUGACGCAUCCGUCAGUUGGUCAGCUCGUUCUUCACAUUGACCAAAAUGAUGCCAACGGUGCGGACGCGAGUAACGGGGACGGCGAUAGUGCAGUCAUCUCACGCACGCAAAAGAAAAAGAAAACGGUGUGGAAGGGAGACUACGAGCGGCUGGAGUAUCUAGGCGAUGCGUUGAUCGAGUACUUGACUCUGUCGUACGCUUUCCUGAUGUACGAUCGGUGGCUACCUGGAUCGCUUUCGCAGUGGAAGAGUGCAACGGUCUCGAAUGACGCCCUGGGCAAAACAGCGCUGGCGUGCUUCGGCGUCGAUGAGUGCAUGUUUGCUGGUGCCGUUCGCAUUGACCGCGAGACGAUGGAGCGCGUGAGCAAUGUCGGACGGAAGUACGCGCGUAACGAGUCGAGUACGACUCUGAGUCCAGCGUUUGAAGCCGUCAGUGUAUCUCGAAAGGCGAAGGCAAAGGGCAAAGGUGCCCCGGCCGGUGCGAGCCGACACACGCUGCCGAAGAUGUUUGCGGAUGUUUUCGAAGCCCUUGUGGCAGCCGUGUUCUUGGACUCGGGUCGAGACCUUCAGGUUGUCCGGGACGUCUUUAUGGGUCCACUGCUCGAGACCGUGGGGCAGGAUGCAUACGCAUACGUUUGUCACGAGAGCGGACUGGCGGUGGACACUGGCGGUGAUGCGUUGAUGGAGGACUUGAUCUUCUCGAGCGACGAAGACGAGUAG